CGUAGCGCGAAAAUCAGCCCCGCCGUCACGCUGCCCCGGUGGGCUUCCUCGUCGCUCACACAAACAGUUCUUGAUUUCUCUCCCUUUCUGAUGUCUCCGGUGCGAAUUCUGGUUAUGUAUAAUGGCAAUUGGAUUUUUAGUGAGAAUGGUUUUGAAUUCAAUGGUGACGAACUAAAAGGAAUCAUCGUCGAUGAGAAGAUUACGUAUAUCGAUCUUUUGGACAAAGUCUAUGUCGAGUUUUUCAUUGGUGAGAAUCUUGUAGACGACCGUGUUGUGCAUCACUAUCAAACGUAGAGAAUCACUAGAUCAAGGGGAGGAGGUACGUUAUCCGGUUGCGUUCGAUUCUGGAAGUGAAGUAAUCAAACUUCUGGUUUUGUUCCUACUGCACAAAAGUCUGAAAUUCCUCCCUUUCUUGCUCUUACUGAAAUUGAAGAACAAAACACAACUGCCAUAAGCUGUGGCCCUCAGGCAGACUUGAAUUGUGAUGAUGAGAUGCAAAAUGUUGAUCAACAUCAACAUGAUGAUUGUAAUGAUGAUAGAGGACAUGAUAAUGAGGUAGAAAACAAGCAUAUGCAAGACGAUACGUACGGUUGUAGCGAUGAGAUUCAUCCCCAUACCUCGAAUGAUAUGUAUUUCGAUAGUUUUACCAUCCGAAAUGGCAGAAAAGACGUCCAAGAAUAUGUAACAUGUGAUCCAUUGAACUCGAGCAUUCAACCGUGCUUAUAUUCUGAGCAGCUGAACACUGAUGUACCAAAAAAUUUAACUGUUGAGCAGUUGAUGUCGGAUGAUACUAUAGCAGUGGGUCAGACUUACCCAAGCAAGAAGGAUGUACAGAGCAAGUUAAGUCUUAUGGCCAUAAGGGGAAAUUUCAAGUUCAAGGUAAGGCGUUCGACAAGAGAUUUAUUGUUCAUUUUAUGUGUAGACAAAAGCUGUAAGUGGCGAUUUCGUGCAUCGAAGAUGAACGAUUCGGACUGCUUCUUGAUAAGAAAGUUCCACAUCGUCCAUACUUGUUUGACAGAGAAAGUUCAUUGCAACCAUCAUCAAGCCAGUAGUUGGGUUGUUGGUCAGCUGAUUAAGUCCAAGUUUGAGGAAGGUGCAUCUGAUUAUAGACCAAAUGACAUAAUCAAGGAUGUAGAGGAACAACUUGGAGUUACUAUAUCUUAUGAUAAAGCUUGGAGGACACGGGAAAUUGCUUUUCGAUACCUAAAGAGAUCCCGGGAUUGAGAGAGGCAGUCUCGAGGGAGGCCAAGGAAGGAAAAACCAGUAUCGAUUGACAAAGAGUCGUCUCUACGAUUGUGUGGGACGUGUGGUGGUCGUGGCCACAAUAGAAAAACUUGUAGGACUCUUCUUGUUUUGCAGUGAAGUGCUAGAGAACUGGGAGUUGAUGAAAGAGUAACACCAUGAAUCCCAAACCAAAAUUUAUUUAGGAUAUGUCAUGGGUAAGAGUUUAUAAUACUAAAUAAUAGUUUAGAUGCA